AUGACAUCAAUUUCAUCAAGGUUACCAUUAGAUGUUUUACGAAUAAUUUUUACAUUUAUUCGGAAAUCCGGUAAAAAUUCAAAUAAUGAUGAUUAUAAUACAAGACGUUAUUUACAUUCUUGUGUUUUGGUAAAUCGCUCGUGGUGUAGAGCAGCUGUGCCCCUUUUAUGGAGGAAUGCAUUUUAUUACUUUAAAAAUGGUAAUGCCAAAUUAAUUGAUACGUACAUCUCAUGUUUUGGUUACGAAGAAUAUGAAUACCUCGAAGAGGAAGGACUCGUCUUACACAGAAAGAGUUAUGCAAGACCCGUUUUUGAUUAUGCAUCAAUGUUGAAAAGAUUAGAUUAUGACAGGUUUUGUCAAUCCGUUGACGUUUGGUGUAGCGAAUUAGAAAAUGCCCCUUAUAAUUCGAUAUCCUUGAUGAUAAGGGCACUAUUUAAAAUGUUUCUCACGAGGUCGGUCAUACUAUUACAUUUGGUGCUUGGUGAAUGGCUUUCACGGAAAGGUACUGAUUUUAGGUAUAAAAGGUUAAUGGAACGAGAAUUUAAAAAUUUGUUGGAACCCGUAAGAAAGUUAAAGUUACAGGGUGAAUUCGUCAAGGAUCGUGUCUUAACGGAAUUGAAGGAUUCCUGCAAAAAUUUGGAUAAACUAUUCGUGUACCUCCAAAAUUCACCGCCAAAUUAUUUCGAGGAAAUGGAAUCCUUACGAGAUUUCGUGAACAAGCAGACUCAUCUAAAAUCUCUCAAGGUUGCCAACGUUUUACCAAAUUCGAUCUUCUCCUCGUUAUCAACACAAUCGAAAAGUCUUUGUUCAAUUUAUUUUUGGAGGGUAGACUUUAGAAAUUGCGAAGAUUUAUCGUGGGAAAACCUUUCUGCGUGUAAAAAUUUACAAAAAUUAAAAUUUAAGGAUUGCAUGGGAUUUGGGGAUAACAUGUUUGAAGGAUUAACCAAAUCUCAUUUCCCAAAAUUACAAUUACUCGCUAUAAUUGGUGAUAAUAAAAAUGAGUACGGUGAACAUAUUAUUCAACCGGAUUGGCAAGCUUUUUUAGAUAGUCCCAUACUUUGGGACACUAGUACCAUCCAAGAAUUCUUAAAAGUUCACCAAUUUCAAUCAUCUGAUCAGCAAACUUUAUUGGAUUGUCAAAAGAUUAUCGAUUGGGGAAUUGAACAAGGUUCCGUCGUUGUGUUGGGAAGGUGGACUCUUGCUUCCGCUCUUCAGAAAUUUGGUCGGGUUAUAAGAAGUAUGGGUCGAAAUUGUAAAUUGUAUAGUAGUUUAGUGAGCUGUUUUAAAUAG